ACGAUGAUUCACGAAUCAAAGGAGCAAGUUUUACGCGCACCGAGGAACCGCUUACCUCUCCGUUUCGGUUUUAUAUAAAGGGCUCUCGAAAUUUGGUUUGCACGCGUGGAACCAGAUCUUUCGAUUAGCAGGCACUCGUGUCUCCGUAUUUCCUUUCCUAGAACCUCUUCUCAGCGGGGAUCUUGCGAUGUAUCCGCAUACUUCAUUCGAGAACAAGUUCCGAGAGUUUUUUUGUGACGUCAGAGGUCUAAGAGAGUGAACGUUACCACUGGGAAUUGUAAGGCUGGAGUAAUUUCUAGAUACAGCAGACGUUACGCGAGUAAUAGAGAGGCUGAGGACCAGCGCAACGUCCUAAUUCAUCGAUCGAAGGAACAUGGAGUCAGAGUUUCGUGCGCGUCUAUCGCUGCUCACUCGAUGUCAUUUUUGUCGGUAGAUUGCUCGUAGAGGUUGUCGCCGAGAUGUACAAGCUCUCGCUAAUUCUCUUCGUUUUCGCGAGUGGAAUACUUUGGAACGAAGGGUCAACCGUAGUCGACGUACUCGAACCGAGUGAAAGACAGAAGAGGCAGGCCAACGGAACGCGUCCAGAUUCACCGUCGGUAGUUAACUUGAACGGUCACUUUAAUUACCAGGCGACGCAGCAGAUAUUUUUCAUUAACGGAUCGCCAGACACGCGGCGCAGACGCUUGGAUAAUUGUAUCAGCGUCGUGCACAGGGACGACUACGUUGUCGCUGCAGGAGUAGGUGCUCACAAGCUGCACCGCCGCAGAUUGACGUGGAAUCAUGCUCGCAGGUCUUGCGCGUACGAAGGAGGUCGGUUGGCCGUCAUAAACUCUGAGCGCGAGGAGAAGCUGUUGAUAGAUUGGAUGAAAAGGGAAGGCUUCGAUCGCGCCUGGGUAGGCAUUCACGAUCAGUUCGAGGAAGGUCUGUGGGUAACCGUGGGAGGCGAGACUCUGGACGAUGCCGGUUUCGACAAAUGGUCCCAGAUAUGGCCCAAUCAGCCCGACAACGCCGGCGGACGACAGAACUGCGGCGUCCUGGAAGACCAGGGAGGCUUCGACGACACCAACUGCGACGACACCAAUCCCUACCUCUGCGAGAUCACCUUGUGCUGAACCGCGACGCGCUUAUUUCUUUUCUUUGCCACUGGCCGCUGAGAAGGCUGACUCGACCGGAUAGACCAGUUUUCACUUUUUUCUGGAUCGACCAGACUUUACCGAUAAAAACCCUCCAACGAAACUGUCGCGCACUAGAGGGUCGUAGGAAAGCUUUCCCUGUACGCGCGAACAAAACCCGCGCGUGCAAACCAAAUUUCGAGCGUUAAUUAUCGUGCGCAUGUGCGUCGGGCGUUCCUCCAAGUAAGUAAGGAUCUUUGACUCUGUAUCGCGCGGUUUCGUCCCGAAAUUUAAUUAUACAAAUGUCCGGGAGUAUCGGAAUACUUGAGUAUCUGAUUACUCCGCGCUGUGAUCGAGUAUUCGAGUAAUGCGACGCGGACUACGAAUCGAGUUCGUCGCGUAUUCAUGCCUGAAAAGGGCGUCCAAGAAUGCGUUCCGAAUAUCAAAUUCACUCGAAGGAAUCAAAGUAUAGCUCGUCGCAAUUUUCCUCUUCGCGACAGCGUCAAUCGUCGACUGUUGCUACUAUUGUUGUUUAAUAAAAGGAAGAUUUGGAUGCCUGAACAAAUCGUUG